AUGGCUCGCAAUAAGGGGUCUGCACGGGGUGCAUCUCGGCGCAAGGCAAACAGUACAAGUCAAGCUACACCAACACCAGAGGUCGAGAAUACAAAAGAUACACAAGAGAACACAGUUACUAAUGAGAGUUUACUUAAGUCACCUGCUAAGAAUGGCAAAGAAUCACGACCCUCAUCCCCACUAGUCAAACAGAGGAAGACAGCCAAGCGAAAACUUGAGGCACUGAAUGCGCAACUGGCUAACGUUAUACACAGGAUGGAACACGCCGAGCCUACCGAGGAGGACCGUGCAGAG